AUGGCCAUCACACUACAGACAGUGCUGCCGCAGAAGGUUCUGCCCACAGCACCCAGCCCUGACUCGGCUUCACCCAACCCAGGCGUGCGUUCCACCAUCACACAGUUCAUCCCGGCCUCUCCCGAUGCCAGUCUAGAUGCCGACUCCGCUACCACACCCACCGGCCAGUCAAUUGCAAAUGGGUCCACCCUCUCGAAUGCAACUAGCUUGAAUCGCACUCGUGCAAUGAGCAGCAGCUCGCAGGCCACCAUUGAUGAGAGUAGUACGACCGAUGGGCUUCGAAGCCCUGGUAUAGGGCCGCUGGCUGGCCGCAAAUCGAUGUCGGCCGGGGCAGGGUCAAGAAGAGGUAUCGCACACAGCAGCCGUGUACUCGGUGUGGACAAGAACAAGGAGGAUACCUUUGCUCUGUCACAGCUGACGAACGGCAAAGUCGAUGUCUCCUUCGAGGGCUCUCUCAACGGUCAACCUCCUCUGUCGCCUUCAAGGGGCAAAGGCAAGGGUCGAGCACGCGAUGUCGAAGAUGGCGACAAGGAUGCAGUAGCGCUGUUCGACGUUGAUCUAGAAUCAGGACAGUCAUCGGCAUCAGGCACAAAUCGCUCAUUCCGCGCCGGUAGGCUGUUGCAGCUUGGAGCACAGUCUAUGCCUUGGAAAAAGUCCAGGGCGACACUAGCACAACCGGAUCUCAACAACGCAACAGAAUCCUCAUCGACGGGCCCAACCAUAGCAUCCAGAAUCGCACCUGCAACAGACUCGAGGAAUGACUUGCUCGACUUCUGUCGCCCUCAUAAAGGCCUCGACGAGGAGAAUCCAGACUACAGUGCGGAUGCAAAGCUGGACGAGGAUGACGACUAUCGCGGAGGGCUUGGCGCUCUUGACGACGAUCGAGAGCAGCUUCUCUAUGCAGGCGCUGACGGUGAAGAGAGACCAGGCUAUUUUGCUCCAGGUGAUAGGAGCUUUGCGUACAAUUCGUUGCAAGGUCACGCUGGCAUGGGCGGGUAUGGUGGCGCGGUAGGGUUUGAGGCAGUGACAUGGAGAGAAGGCGGAUGGAUGAUGCUCAGCAGCGCGCUGGUGGCCGUGUUAGUGAUGGUGGCUAUUUUGAUCAGUGUCGAUGUGAUCGAUUGGCCUGGCGACGGGAUCGGUUCAAAUUGA